GUUUGGUAACUGAGUCCUAUUACUUUGUUCCAGUGUUUCUUCUUAGAGUAGAAUUUAGGAAAUGCGGGCUUCUUAUCAUAAUUUUAUUCUGAAUAAGUAAACGUGAAAUGUCACUGUCAAUCACUGUGUCAAAUGUCAUGUUAAUCAUGUCAUUCAAAGUCACAAUUUUCUCGAGGUAAGUGCUAAAACGAAGGCGCAACUUUUAAUUCAAUGUAUUUUCGUAAAUAAUCAUUGGGAUUACUGGAUAGAAGCUAUUCAAUUCGUAAUGCGAAUUUAUAGCCACAUAGCACUACAAUAAAUUGCUUUCGUUUAUUGGUACCUACGUAUUAAAAAGGUAAACUAUUAUUUAUUUUAUCUUUAAAUGCAAACUGGAAUAAAACAAAAUAGUCCGUUUAAAUUCCAAAUGCGUAAGGAAUCUAUGUUUCACAGAGGCGUGACAUUCUUUUUUAAGAAAAACCUUUUUUUAACUAACAGUUUAACGUCUGGAGUUUGUAUGGCUCUUGGGGAUUUGGUGCAACAAGAAUUUGAAUUUCAAACCAAAGUAUUACCUCAAAGAUAUGACUGGGCAAGAGCAGCUCGCAUGUUCACGGUGGGAACAGCGAUGGGCCCUUUACACCACUUUUAUUAUGAUUAUUUAGACAGAUGGUUACCUAAGGUUAAUAUAAAAACAGUAUUUUUAAAAAUAGGAUGUGAUCAAGCAUUUGCGUCACCAGUAACACUAAUUACUUUCUUCUAUGGAAUGGGAUUUCUAGAACAGAAAAGUCUUGGGGAAAGUACAGCAGAGAUUAAAAAGAAAUUAUUAUAUGCUUAUAUGGGCGAUUGCAUGUACUGGCCGCCAGUUCAAUUUAUUAAUUUUUAUUUUUUACCUACACAUUACAGGGUUGUAUACAUAAAUGUAGCAACAAUGAUAUUUAACAUUUUCUUAUCAUUCAUGAAACAUUAUGACCAAAAAACUCAUUGAUAAUAGUUAAUGGUUAUUUUUUGUUUUACAAUAAUUUAUUUUGUAAAUAUUUUUUAGAAAUAUAUUUAUUUUGAGUGUUGUAUAAUUCAUAGCUAGAUUUAUAGAAUUGUGAGCUUGGGAUGUCCUAGAUCAAAAUGUUUAUGAAUAAUAAUAAUAUUUAAUUUUAAAGUUUUUGAAAUUGUGUCCCGAGUUUAGUAAAUAAUUAAAGCUAGUACAAUGCUCAUGUGAUAAUAAAAUAGUUACCAAUUUAAUUUAUUUCAAUAUUGUAUAAGACAUACCAGGCAUUCAUAUGUUAACAUUUUGCACAAACUUGCAUUGUUAAUAUUUCCGAUAUUUCAUGCUGGUAACCAAGUUUUACAAAUAUGUUAUACUUUUAAGUAUACAAAAAUUUAAUAAAAUAGUAGUUUUAUUUAUCUAGUUUGGAAAACCCUCAUGACUUUUUGUUAAUAGUUAUUGUUCCCUAACUAUUUUAACUUCAUACAAUCAUAUCUGUUUUGUAAGUGAUGACUAGGUAUCUCACUGAUAAUAAAGACUAACAGUGAUGGUGAUAAUUAAACAAAAAAGCUAGUCAUGAUCUCUGAUAAAAUUAUGUCAAGAGCAUUUGCUGCUAACAACACUGAAGUGUAAAAUAUUACUACUACCUACCUAAUAAAAUAUUGUUGGUUAUUUGAAUAUUA